AUGUCCACCAAGAUCAACCGAAGGAAAGAGAUCAAGGAAAAGGAAGAGCUACAGGCGAGGUUUCAGUUUGCCAUUGGCCAAGCAAACACUCGUGUGACAAAAUGGCUACCCAACAUGAAGAAGAAGAAGGAGGAGGAGGAGGAGGAGGAGUCGAAUGCAAAUGGAGAGUCAAAUGAAUUUUUCAAUCUACCCAUAAUCCCCAAUGGAUCGGGGCUAAAUAGCACAACAAGUGGUAAGAUUGGAGACUUCAUAAGGGGCGAAGGCCGGGAAUUGACAAAGAAAGCAGAAAUGCCAGGUCCCAACAAAAAUAGCGAAAGUAAAGCCAUGCAUGCCUUAAAGAAUAAGAUGAGAAAUCAGAUACGAAGUAAUACUCCUGUAAGACAAGUGGCUAAAAAUAAGCCUUCGGAGUUACCACCCAAAAAGAAACAAGAAUCGAAAGUGGUUUCAGAUGAAGACGAAUCUGAGAAUGAAGAGAGUCGCUUCAGUACUCAAGUUAAGAAAGCCAACAUACCAAUGGCAAAAAUUGGUAAGAGAAAAAAGGGACGGCCAUUUUAA